CGGGCACAGACAUUCUCGGUCUAAAGGAUAGCGAUCACUCCGUGAUGGAUCGGGAGGUUGGUUCACCUUGGCCCACCUGACCUGGUAUAAGCUUGACUGCAGAGCUGCAGAUACAACCAUGCAACUGUCUCGUUGUCUUGAUAUCUGGGACGGUCCCCGCCCGUUGUGACCCUGAUUAUCAGCCUCCGCCUCGAGGCCGCUUACCAUCAAGUCUACGGAUCUGAACUGGCAUCGAAAUGGGCCAAAAGCAGAGCCCGCCGCCAGGGGCCGACGAGAUCACGCCUGCCCCCACCUCCACCGCGGCCCCUCGGAACGAGCUCCGUGAUAAAGCGACCGAGUUCCUCCAGACCCAUGGCGCCGGCGACACCUCGUUCACCUACGAGGAGGAGCGCCAGGUCCUCCGCCGCAUCGACGCGCGCAUCCUACCGCUCCUCCUAGCCGCCUACUUCUUCCAGCAGCUCGACAAGAGCUCCCUGAGCUACGUCUCCAUCUUCGGCCUGUCGCAGGACGCCCACCUGGUGGGCAAGCAGUACUCGUGGCUGGGCUCGAUCCUGUACCUGGCGCAGCUGGUGAUGCAGCCGCUGGCGGCGUUCCUGCUGGUCAAGCUGCCGACGGGCAAGGUGAUCGGGGCCGCGAUCCUGCUGUGGGGCGCGGCGCUGGCGCUCAUGGCGGCCUGCACGACCUUCCCGGCGCUGCUGGGCCUGCGCUUCGUGCUCGGCUCCUUCGAGGCCGCGAUCGCGCCCGGCUGCGUCGCCGCCACGCAGCUGUGGUGGCGCCGCGGCGAGCAGACCCUGCGCACCAGCUACUGGAACGCCAUGAACGGCGUCACCGCCAUCGUCGGCAGCCUGUUUACCUACGGUCUCGGGCACAUCGAGAGCGACGUGCUGUUCAAGUAUCAGAUCAUCUUCAUGUUCUGCGGCCUGCUGACUGUCGCCUACUCGCUGGUCUUUCUGGUGCUGAUGCCCGACUCGCCCAUGGAGGCUAAGUAUCUGAAAGAGAGGGAGAAGGUCAUUGCGGUCGAGAGGUUGCGGGCGAACCAGAUGGGCGUGGCGUCGAGGGAGUGGCGCUGGGACCACGUGUGGGAGACGCUGCUGGAUCUGAAGACGUGGUGUUGGUUUGUAGCGAUUGUAUCCAUCUCGAUCGCGAGCGGUGGCAUCAGCACGUUCGGUAGCCUCAUCGUCCGGGACUUCGGCUUCACCAACUUCAACGCCAUCCUGUUCAACAUCCCGUUCGGCGCCAUCCAGUUCUUCGUCAUCAUCGGUUCCGCCUGGGCCGCCACGCACUGGAAGCGGAAGGGCCUCACCAUCGCGGCCGUCAGCGUGCUGCCGAUCAUCGGAACGAUCCUCAUGCUCACUGUGCCCCGGAGCGACAGUAACAAGGGCGUCCUGCUAUUUGGAUACUAUCUGGUCUCCUGUCUAGCGGCCAUCACACCCUUGCUCUACGCCUGGCAGGCGCAGAAUACGGGCGGCGACACCAAGAAGAAGUGCACCUCGGCCAUGGUGUUCAUCGGCAUGUGCACGGGCAACGUCAUCGGGCCGCUGCUCUACGACGAGUCCCAGGCGCCCCUGUACCGGCCGGGGCUCAUCUCCAACCUGGUCAUGUUCGCCCUAGUGGGCGGGAUCUCCGCACUCAUCCCGUUCUAUCUGAUGUACCUCAACCACCGGCACGCGAAGCGGCGAGAGCAGCUGGGCAAGAGCGCCGCCGUGGUGGACGAGUCGAUGAUGGCCAAGGGCCAGAUGGAGGACAGCAAGGCCGUUGAGAUUGAAGACGCCGGCGGCACCAACCGACGGCAGAAGGCCCUCGAGGAGGAUAACGCGCUGCGGGACAUGACCGACCUGCAGAACGAGGACUUUAUCUACGUGUACUGAGCUGUAAUGGUGAGGGACCUUGUUCCAGGUGGCGUUCAGACCAAGUCAGGUUACAUAGCUCGGCCCCUUAAUUGCGUAGUCCUCACUCGUUUGCCUAGUCUUUGCCAUCGGCUUGCAGCCGCUGGGUUGAUUUGACAUUACCUCAAGUGCUUGCUGCAUGGAAUGGGUUUGUCUGCCACUGUUGUGCCCUUUUUUGAUGAUGCCUGCCCAAGAUUAAUCGCAGUUAG